UGCGUCCUCGGCCCAUCUGUCCAUCCUCCUCUUCAUGCAAGUGCUGUUUGGGCAGGAGUCACCAUGCAAGGGUGACGUCGACAACCAUGUACCAAGCCACCGCAGCUGCUGCCACUCUGCCGCCUGUACAGAAGAAACUGAAUCUUUUUCAUAUUCUAAUAAAUCAAUGUUGAAUCUGAGGCUGCAGAACCCGAGGGUACAGAGGCCGACUGUAUAUUCAAAGGGGAAGAUGGUGGCCGCAAAGAAGACGAAAAAGUCGCUGGAGUCGAUCAACUCUAGGCUCCAACUCGUUAUGAAAAGUGGGAAGUACGUCCUGGGGUACAAACAGACUCUGAAGAUGAUCAGACAAGGCAAAGCAAAAUUGGUCAUUCUUGCUAACAACUGCCCAGCUUUGAGGAAAUCUGAAAUAGAGUACUAUGCAAUGUUGGCUAAAACUGGUGUCCAUCACUACAGUGGAAAUAAUAUUGAACUGGGCACAGCGUGCGGAAAAUACUACAGAGUGUGCACACUGGCUAUCAUUGAUCCAGAUGACUCUGACAGCAUUAGAAGCAUGCCAGAACAGACUGGUGAAAAGUAAACCAUGCAAAAUUUUCCUUUAAUAAAAUUUGCCUGUUUAAAAAAAAAAAAAAA